UCCACCGAGAAGGGACGUUCAGAGCAAACACCAUGAGUAUCUCAGCUCUCGGAGGAAGCAGCAAAGGGAAGCCUCUCCCACCGGGCGAGGAGGAACGCAAUAAUGUCCUCAAGCAGAUGAAGGUUCGGACCACGCUGAAGGGGGACAAGAGCUGGAUCACCAAGCAGGAUGAAUCAGAGAGCCACACCCUUGAGCUGCCCUCAGGCCGGAGUCAUGCCAUAUCUUUUUCUUCAGCUGGGGGGGUCCCGAAGGCCAGGCCCCCGAGCACGAGGGCUCCCACUGGCUAUAUCAUCCGGGGUGUGUUCACCAAGCCUGUAGACAGCUCGUCUCAGCCCCAGCAGCACUUCCCCAAGGCCAACGGAGCUCCAAAAAGCGCUGCUGGUCUGGGGAAAGCAGCUCCUGCUGGGCCUCCCCGCCCCUCCUCCUCUGGCUACAGGAUGACCACAGAGGAUUACAAGAAGCUGGCACCCUACAACGUCAGGCGCAGCUCAGCGUCAGGGGCUGCUGAAGAGGAGGAGGUGCCCUUCUCUUCUGAUGAGCAGAAACGGAGGUCAGAGGCUGCCAGCAGUGUGGUGAGGAAGACAGCUCCCCGGGAGCACUCCUACGUCCUGUCGGCGGCCAAGAAGAGUGCCAGCAGCCUUGCCCAGGAGACACAGGCCCCGUUCAUCGCAAAGAGGGUUGAGGUGGUGGAUGAGGACGGGCCUUCCAAGAAAAGCCAGGACCCACCUGCUCUGGCACGAUCCCCUCCCAGCUCGAGCAGUGCGGACGGGGGCAGAGCCAAACUGUCUGGGGCGAUUUGGAUGGAGUGCACGCCCAGCCUGCCUAGCCCCGCUGGGACUCGGGAGCCCAGUGCAAGAGGCGAGGAGACUGCCCGCCUGCGGAUCACGACACCCGGGGUGGGACUCUGCCUGGUGGCCCCAGACCUGGAAGAAACGAGGUCUUCCCCAGGCUCCAAAGACAACGAAGCCCCCAACCCCAGAGAGCCCAAGAGAGACUUGACUGGUGAAAGGGCCUUCAAGGGCCUUGAUGCAGACUCUGAAAGAUCAAGUGCACAGUCAAGUGACGGCAACAUAGGAUCCGGACCCACGGGCUCCACACCUGAAGGCUUGGCUGGAGCAGACAUCAGCUCUGGGAGAGGAGGGCUGUCCUCACCUGCUGUCUUUACCCCUCUCCUGGAUGAUCAGGAGGUGCCCAGUGCCAACUCACAGCCUCAUAAGCCUGGACCAGCAGCCACCAGCUCUGGUGCCACUUCUGCCUCUGCCGUCCUGGCUAACAGGAAGAGCAACAGCCCAGCACACCUGGACGACAUGGAGACGGACCCAAAGGGCACCUUGGCUGAUUUUGAGGACGAGAAUGUGGCCACCAAGGUGGGAGACUCGUGGCAGGGGAGGCCUGGAGCCCAGCAAGAUGACCGGGGAGACCCAGCUGCACCCACCCAGAAGCCGGCAGACCCCAGCAGCCCCGAGCAGCAGAGCAGCCCCAGAAAUCCUGAGCAGCACCUGGAAGUGGACAGCCCGGCCAGCGGGACGAGGAACCCCUCAGGCUGUACGGUCACCGUUGCUGUCACUGCCACCUCUGAGCAGCCUCGUGUUUAUGUGCCAGCCUCCCCGAGUGAAUUGGAGUCUAACUCAACCAGCAAAGGGAUUCUCUUUAUGAAGGAGUACGUGAAUGCUCGUGAGGUAUCUUCCGGGAAGCCACUGUCUUCAUUCUACAGCAGCGUCGGCAGCACUGAGGACUCAGGCCACAUGGAGAAGAAACUCCCACGUGACAGCACUCCAUACUCUGAGAGAACAAGUGGAGGGAUCUGUACUUACUGCAACCAGGAGAUCGGAGACUGUCCAAAGAUUACCUUAGAACAUCUUGGCCUUUGCUGCCAUGACUAUUGCUUUAAGUGUGGGAUUUGCAGUAAACCGAUGGGUGAGCUUCUGGAUCAGAUCUUCAUUCACCGUGACACCAUCCACUGUGGGAAAUGCUAUGAGAAGCUCUUCUAGCUCCUCCAGGCUAACAAGAAGCUGAUAACUCCUGGACAAGUUUGACUGUCCCCACUUGCCCCAAGUUGCUGACUCUUCUUCCCUCACUUCCUCUCGCCUCCAUUUGAUUGCUUCAUGUUUUUGCUCUUCCUAAGUUGAACUUGCUUACAUCCAGUAGCAUGUCUUAAUGAUGUUAUGAUAAUUACUUGUGUGUGUAGCUCUUCAUAGCUUAGAAAGCACUUCCCAUCCAUUAUCUUACUUCAGGCUCAAGCAAAGAGGAUUGAACAAUAAUUCCAUUUUGGCUUCCCUCAGACUGGUCAGCUUCCUGAUGAGUUUAGGUGGCCUGGUACAGUAGGCAUGGACAAGAGCGUGGGGUUCAGUGUAUCCUGACUCUAGGGACAGAGAGCAAAUCACAUUCUGGUUCACAGCUCUGAGUGUACCUUUGGAACUUGACAGAAGAAGGAGACCUCCUGAAGCUUCUGAGGGGUUAAAGACUGUUGACGAUCCCUGGUGGGUAAAUUGCAGACAUUGAAUGCUAGGGAUUGACAUAGGCUAAUGUUUAGCUUGUCUAUUUGCCAUAUAUAUUUUUUAAACUUUCCAUAUACUUUUACAACUAGUUAGUGCUUUUGAUUGAGUUAUAUAGCAGAUUUUAAUGACCUCCUACCUACCUACCUUUCAAUAUAGUUGCGUUUUGUCCUGCAGGCAUGUGGACGUAUAUUAGAAAGUUUACAUGUUAGGUUUAAAUUCUAUAGGAUGUGAUUCCUAAGAGGCUACUGACCAAAGGGGCAUCUGUGUCUGAAUCUUGCUAGCUAAUUAAUACCUUUGCCCUCAAUUUCCGAUCCCUAAACUUUACACAGAAAUCCCCUAAAGCAAGUUUUAGGGUCUAUAGACUCCAGCAGGAUUAUGAAGGGAGAAAAUCAGUCAACAUUUCUUGAGGCCUUACUGCAUACCAGGCAUUAUCACAAAGUGGUGGCAUUAAUCCCCAUGCUAAUCUUCUACAGAGGGUAUUCUUCUCCGCAGUUUGCAAAUGAGGGUGUUGAGGCCCAGAGAGGUGGUCAUUGCAUUGUGCAGAACCAUUGCUGUCUCUCUCCAGAGCGCAUGCUCUCUCCAGUGACAGGACAAACAUGAGCAUCGAUUUAAUGCUGAGUAGAUGCCAAGCAAUGUGUGGAGGUGACACCGCCCCCUCAAGCCUCCCCUGAGGCACACUUUUACAAAGAGGGGAAGGUGGGGGAUUGCACUCCUCCUCUGGGCAUCCUGGGUCCCCAUAAAAUACCAGAAGGGCCAAACUGGCCCUCUCACCUCCGUUUUCCAUGAAAACACUUCUGAACUGAAGUACUCUCAGCUGGGAACAGAUUUGACUCCCAGACCUUCCCAAAGAAGAGCUUGUCAACCCAGGAGAAGCUCCAGUAGACUAGCCGAUCUGGGCACGGGGCCCUCAGUGACCUCCCAUUUUCCAGUCCAGACUCUGUCCCAAGCUAGUGGCAACUACUGAGACCCCAGGUACUUGGAACAGGGAUACCUGUUGCCCAGCUGGACAGAUGCAGGCCCGUUCAUGCAGUCAGCUGAUGCUCUGCUCAGGUUCGACUGGGCGCCUCUGCCUUUGGGACCAGCAUCACUGUGUCAGUUCCUCGAAAGGACAACCUGACAGUUUUUCUGAUGAAAGAUGAGGGCCUUUUCUCUUGGUUUAAUUAGAAAAUGCCUCUCCAUCUCUCUCCAGUUUCUGAGCCCUAUGCACAUUGGCUGGUGGACUUGUUCUUCCUGCCAAAUGAUCAGAGAGGAAUGUUCCAUUUAUUUCCAUAGAUGUGCAUCAGCUUUGCUCUGGAGUGGAAAACUGGCCAUGUACUCGUACAAAAUAUGAGCUGGUUUUCCUCAAGACUAGCCCUCAGCCUGGGACUUGGCAGAUGGUAGGGACUGACACAUAGGUGCUGAAUGAAUGAGUGAAAGGGAAAGAAAGGCCGUGCCUUUGGGUGGGAGGUAGCACCCCUGAGUCUUGGCAGGAUAAAGAGGUCCAAGAUAGGCUGGCUUCCCCACCUUCUAGAUACACUCUGCCUUUAAGAGAGUUUCAGAACCAACAUGCAAGAUAUUGACUCCAAUCUGAAAAAAAUCUCUUUCAUGUUUAAAUGGCACAGAAUUCUCCGGACUUAAGGAAGAGGGGUGGUUGCAUUGCACUUUCGCUUCUUUUUAUUUGCCUAGAAUUUUGAAUCAUACUUGCUUAACUCCUUAAUGUACACAACUACAAUAAAUGGUAAGAUACUUCA